ACAAUGCUUCAGUCGAGAAGCGAAAGUAAUCGAGGGUGUGUCGCGCAGCAGAGAAUUUUAGUUAAGCAAACGGAAAGCGCUCUUUGCUUGUUGGAAAAGCAAGAAGAUGCCGAUUUUCUCGAAUAAUGCUCUGCUAAGAGGCGCCGAUAACGUUCUCCGUCAGAGUCAUCGUCUCUUCACUUCAUCCAAUAUCGUCACUUCAGCCUCACGCCCGGCACUCACUCAAUUUCGUGAUAUUCUGAAUACACAAAUUACUAAUAUUAAAGAUGCAGGCACUUAUAAAAUGGAACGUAUUAUCACCUCCUCACAGAGCACCGAAAUCACCGUUGAAGGGACCCAUAAGCGCAUUUUGAAUUUUUGCGCCAACAAUUAUCUCGGUUUGGCGAACAAUCCCGAAGUGGUGAACUACAGCAAAGAUCUGCUUGAUAAAUAUGGCGCCGGAUUGAGUUCGGUACGCUUCAUUUGCGGCACACAGUCGAUACACAAAGAACUGGAGAAGAAAAUCGCACAGUUUCAUGGACGGGAGGAUGCGAUCUUGUAUGCAUCUUGCUUCGAUGCAAAUGCUGGCAUCUUUGAAGCAAUACUCACACCAGAUGAUGCUGUUUUCUCCGAUGAGCUGAAUCACGCCUCCAUUAUCGACGGCAUACGUUUGUGCAAGGCGCAGAAGCAACGCUAUAAGCAUCGCGACAUGGAUGACCUCGAAAAACAACUGCAAUCAUCAUCGGCUCGCCUCAAACUCAUUGUCACCGAUGGUGUUUUCUCAAUGGACGGCAAUAUUGCGCCACUGCCGAAAAUCAUCGAUCUCGCCGGCAAAUAUGAUGCGCUGGUCUUUAUAGACGAAUGUCAUGCGACUGGUUUCUUUGGCGCCACUGGACGCGGCACUGAGGAGUACUACAAUCUGUUAGGACGCGUCGAUAUUAUCAAUUCGACAUUGGGUAAAGCGCUUGGUGGUGCCGCUGGUGGUUACACCACAGGCCCCAAAGAGCUAAUUAAACUGCUGCGUCAGAAAUCGCGACCCUAUCUCUUCUCGAACUCCCUGCCGCCGCCAGUGGUGGCCACGGGCAUCAAAGUUUUGGAAAUGCUAAUGGACUCUGAUCAGUUGUCACAACGUGUUCAAAGCAACACUAAGCGUUUUCGCGAUGCAAUGAAUAAGGCCGGAUUCAUCAUCGCUGGGGAAAAUCAUCCCAUUUGCCCUGUGAUGUUAGGCGAUGCACGACUCGCCUCAAUUUUUGCCGAUCAAAUGUUGUCGCGCGGCAUUUAUGUCAUUGGAUUCAGUUAUCCGGUCGUACCUAAGGGCAAGGCGCGUAUUCGGGUGCAAAUAUCCGCAGCGCACACAACGGAUGACAUUGACCAUGCAGUAGCAGCCUUCAUUGAUGUUGGGAAAUCACUCAAGGUUAUCAAGGAUUAAAUGAAACUCUCAAGUGAAGCAUAAACUUAAAUUCCUUGGAUGGCAUUUUAAAUAAUGUGCAUUUAUUGUGUCUGUGAAAAUUCAUUAAUAUCUUAAGUAACAAUUUAGAAAUAAAAUAGUAAACGAAAA